CAACAGAAAAAAAUCCCUAAUUCUUAUUCUCCCUUCGACGGUCGAGCAUUCCUCCUCGUCAUUCACCCUACCCACCAUCAUUCAGCACCAUCUUCGACGGCACCCACCUAGCUGCUCCUCUGGCGCUUAGCUACAUAUCCGGCGCCAGCUACUCCACCGGUUCCCAGCUACUCCUCGGCAGCGGCAGGCUUCGGUGGGUGAGAACGAGAUUCUCCGUGCUCCGCCAAUUGCCCUCCAAACCCUUUCUCGGCUGCAAUCCCAAAUCCACUCUUUUAACCCUAAUUAUUGUGAGAACCCCAAUACUCUUAUUCUUUUGAAACCCAAUGGAGGAGCAAUGAGGUUUGAGGGGGCUGAGUCGGAAAGAGCGCAGACGGAAGGAGAUUCGAAACGACGGGAAGACGGAUUCUUCGGGGCCUUGGGGUUUCGCCUUAGGGAAGGAGCCUCUUGAAAGUCGGAUACGUUUUCAUGGUGGGGGUUGCUCUAUAGUCUACAGGGAAGGUAUAAUAAGAGCGUUGUUGUGCUUCGACGCAACCAACAUACGGCGAUGGUCGGUGGUUUUGCUUCGGAACUGAUUUAAGUCGCCUGAGGAAGAGGAGAGAAGAACUGUGGCGAAAGCGAAGGAAUUGCGAGAGAAAGCUGGGUUCGACUUUGACCCGAUCCCGACCUGAUUCGGACUCGGGUAGAAAGAAAGGAAAAGGCGCCAACGUCGAAUUCGCUCGAACCUCCCUCAGGAAUAUAAAAAUUCUCUUCCUUCGAAAGAAGCAUUCAGCUGAAUUUCAAUGGUAUCUCCAAUGGAGGAGCACCCGACGUCGUCGAACCCAUCUUCUAAAUUCUCUGGUGUUCUUCGUCCUCAUCGCAAGCCACUCCUCAAGAGCGAGACCUAUUUUUCACUGGUUCGAAUCUUAUCACUCUGCGACGACCAUCCUCAUCUGUGGCAACUCGCUCCCAAGCUUCCCCCACAAGAGAGAAACCCUGAUAGCAAUAGCAGUAAAGUUGGGGGAGGAGAUAUUGUUGCGCUGGACAGUCUAAAUGAUACCCUAACAGAAAAGGGUCAGACUCGUGAUCAGAAUUUGGCAUGUUUGGUCUCGGACAGUGGAGGGUUUGGUGAAACUAAGGCAGCGAUUGAAGGCCAAGGGUUCAGUGAAACAAAGCUAGCAGCAGUCCAUGAGAUAGAGAGUAUAAUGGGAUUGGAUGAAGAUGAAGACGAAGAUCUGCUAAUGCAGGAUGGUUCCUUUAUUGAUAAGGUUAUGGAGUUAGAUCAUGUAAUGAAAGUGGAUAAUACAUUGUCUGUUGAUGACUACCAGAGUGACAGCGUUGUUGUGCGCAAAGAAGGAUGUGUAGAUAUUCAAUCAGUUAAUGCGGAGGGAAGAGUAGUAAGUGAACAGCAAGUUCAGGAAGAAGGGCACCCUCGUGAUGUAUCUGAUCCCUUGGGUUCGUUGUCAGGUGAAGGUGGGACUUUCGGAGCUUCGGUAGGAAGUUAUCAGAAUGGAGUUAAGUUGAAAGAGAUUCAUUUGGAUAAGCGGAUAUGUGAUAGUAGUACUACGGUUUCUUCCAAUUGUGUGGUUGUGAAUGGUGAGGUUGAAGAAGGAAGGAUUGAUAGGGAGUUAGUGGCGGGUUCAAGUAUUAUGCAUUCGAAACAAGCAGGAGUGUUACAGGGGAAAAAGGUAGAGGAAAAGCAACUCGCUAAUGAGGCUAUUCCUGGAAUGUUAAAUGAAAAGAAGGUGGACGAGAAGCAACUAGCUAGUGAUUCUAUUGCUGGAAGUAGGAGACAAACAUCCACAAAAACUACUACUAUGAGAAAUCAAUCUCCUUACGAGAUAAAUGAGACAACCAAGGAUACUUUUUGUUCCACUUCCUUGGAUAGAGUUGAAAAUUUUGAUCUUGGUAAAGGAACGGGAAACAAACACGAGGUUGGCAAGUUGAUGCUGCCUAAUCGUAAAACUGUUGUGUACGACGAUCUUUUAUUUGAUGAAGGUCCAAAGAUGUGGGAAAAUGAAGAAUUGUGUAGGGAUAAGGGAGCGAAGAACAAAUCUAAAAUUGCUGAAAGAAAGAAAAAUGGCAGAGGCAGAGAAGUAGGGGAAGUUAAAUGCAAACAACUCAAAAUGAGUGUUGCUAAGAGUGAUGUCAGACCUGCUGAGCCUUUUCCUAGUAGCCUUGCACUUCCUUUGGGAACUUCAUAUCAGGAUCCAACAGGAAGCCAAGGAGCUGCCUCUCUAGAGAAGGAUGCAAGUCCAAGCAAGAACAAAAAGAGGGGUCCUCCCAGUGACUCACAAAAGCUAAAGAGAAAGCAAAACAAAAGAAAGAAACGAGCAGAAAAAAACAAAGAACUUGGCGUCAAACGGCUCAAACUACAACCAUUUGUCAAGCAAAAGCCUGUAGAAAUUUGCCGCCACUACAUGCUGGGAAAAUGCUGGGAGAGUGAGAAAUGCAAAUUUUCACAUGAUGCAAUACCCUUGACGAAAUCUGAGCCAUGCAAGUUUUUUGUCCGUGGCGCAUGCAUGAAGGGAGAUGAUUGUCUACGUGACCAUGAACUCUCCAAAUAUCCCUGUGACAAUUUUAAGUCAACAGGUUAUUGUAGCAGAGGCCAAAAAUGCCUGUUUUCACAUAAGUUGCUGCCAAAUGGGGAAGUGUCAACUGCUUCCAGUGUCAACCCAAACUCUUUACUCCUUUCACGAACUCUCGAUUCCAAGAAAAAGUUGGAUGUGGUUGCCCCCUUACAUCAGAGUGGCAAAACUGCAAUUGUGCCAGCUGUCUUUUCUUCCACAAAGAUCGAACAAGCUCCGGGAAAAACUGUAUUUAAUGAACCUGUAAUAGUGCCUACUUUCAAACUAUCAUUAGGUGGCUCCAGUCAUACAGAUCAACCUUCACCUGGUAUAAUUGGUGAUUCAAACUCUGCUUUGAAGGUAACUCCACAAGCUGUUAGACCGAAGGGAAUUAACUUCCUCUCAUUUGGUAAAUCUCCUUUGGAAUUCUCUGCUGCUAAGAAGUCGAGUGUAUCCCCAGCGACUCGAGAUGAUGCUUCCAAGGCACCUUUAUUGAACACAUCCAGUCUGCUUCAGCAAAUUCCAGGAGUGAAACCUGGGAUAAACGACAUGGCACAGAAAAGUGAUCACAUAGCAGCAUCAGGAAUACUAAACCCUUUCUCUCUUGGGGCAACUUCAGCAGUUGACGGGAAUAGACAUGUACGAUGUCAUUUACCUUCUAGUUCAGGCCAUGGUGUUGCUAGUACUGGUCAAGGAAGUAACAUUGAUUUGGAUAAAAAUCAGAGCUCGAGUGCAGUCCCACUUGGACUAGCUUCUUCUUCUUCAUUUGGUUCAGGUCAAUCUUCAGAUCAUAUAGCAGUUUUGCAGUUGAAGAAUGCACCGAAGUCUACUCAGGAAGCAUUGAUGUCAACAAUGAGCUUUGCAUCUAAGCUUGAAUCUGCAAUGAAGAAGAAGCAAAAGGAGACUGGAUUUGGUAGUAUGUCAUGAAGCUCACAGGAUCAGCACAAAAGCAGCCAAAUUGCUGGAUCCUAUAUCUAGUCUCGGCAACAAGAGCAGUGAAUAAACAUCUGUCAUAGCCAUCCCAGGUUUGUUGAGUGGUUCUCUAUGGGCGGUUUUCGUGAAGCAUAAAGGAGAAAAAGGUGGUGACUGAUCUGUGCACUUGACAGCAGGUUUUAUCUAUUUUCUGCAGUUGGCGAGUUAGUUUUUGUCUUCUCGUCUUCCAUCAGGAACUCUUAAACGUUCAGUGCUCUAUGACGUCUUAGUAACAUUAUGCUUGCUGUUUAGCUUUCUUUCAGUUUUCGGCUUGUAUCAAAGGAAGGAAGGAGAGUAUUUGUUCUGUGGUGAUGGCUAAUAGAUGUCUCUUACAUUCCGCUUGGUCAUCAUUGUUUUUGCAGGGAGGAGACCGAGCUAAAUUUAUGUCUAUGUUUACCAGAAGUUGGACGCCGAAAGUCCUCGUAUGCAGAAAUCUUAGAUACGUAUGUAUAACAGAUUUUAUACAAGCGAUGAGUUGUAUUUCUUCUGUUUCAGAAUGAAGUUGGUGUUUCUCCCUCGCAACAGGGAUUUUGACUUUUCAUCAGUUUAUUCCGCAGGCAACGAUAUGCAGUUUCUUGGGUAUCUACUGAAGUAGAUGGUAUUACUGGCCCCUCUUAUUUUUAUAUGACUUAUGAAUUUUUUUUUUUUUCUCCGGGGCAGAUAUUGAUUUAUAUAGUGAAAAUGCAUGUAUCUUGGAACUUAGAAGAGUGGCAAUACCUUAUUGGAUCUGCAGCUAAAUGGUCAACCUAUGUCAACUCAUUUAUGAGUUGCUCCUUUGUCAGGAAAAUGCAAUUAAUUAGUCGUAUAUAGUCGUUAGUUGAACAACCUUUGCUAACACCAUUCAAAUACUCCCCUUUUUCUAAUCAACACAUGUAACUCUAGUCUCGUGCUGUCAUGCACCAACAUAUAUCAGUAAUAUUAGGUUCCAAACCCGACCUUGUGAUAUUCUUUGCUUCCAUUUCUUUUCCUUUUCUUAAAUCUCCAAUAUUGUUAACGCUACGUAAAGUAUGUAUAUUGCUCCCUCCAGCUCUCUAUUCGUUACAACAGACCACAGAUUUGUUUAUCAUGUGUUUGAUAUGAUUUUCAAAGGGUUAAGGUAUAAUAUGUCAUAGUUUUAUCAAACAUGAUCCUCUAUUAUUUUUAAUUUCUUACGUUAAACAUGUUACUGUAUUUUGGUAAAAUGAUCAAACAUUAUGUCUUUUUGUUAAAAUUUUCAUUUCAAAAUCAUCAACCAUGGUUAAAUCGAGGUUACUGUAUUUUGGUAAAAUGAUCAAACAUUAUGUCCUUUUGUUAAAAUUUUCAUUUCAAAAUCAUCAACCAUGGUUGAAUCGAGAUAUAGAUGACUCGAAAUCGGCAAAUUGAAGUGAAAAUGUCAGUUUUGUCCCUUGAUUUAUUUUUCCAGGUAGUGAAAUUAUUAUAGAUAUUUGGUUAUACUAUAAAACAAAAAAUUCUAAAGUGGAAUUAUUAGGAAUAUUUUAGAUAUCUGUGUCUCUCAAACCAAGGCUUGACUCUGGUUGACUGCUUUUGGAUGCAAAUUUUGACAAAACAGUAUAUUUGAUCUUUUUUCAAAGUAGAGUGACAUGUUCGGUAAAACAACAUAAUAGAGUGACAUAUUAUAGAUACAAAUAUAACCCAUUUUCAAAACAGGUAUCUUGAUUAUCAUUACAUUUUUGUCAUAACCUAUUCGCACGAACAGACACGUGUAAGAUUCAAAUCAUGUUACACCAUAAAUUUAAUAUUUCUACUUCUGAGUUAAUAGCUAACCUCAUUACUGGGUAGCUUUCUUUCAAUCAAUCAUGAAUUUAUUAGGGGAUUAAUAUCUACUGCAGACCCACUCUCAAUAUAUGAAUCCCCAACCAAAUUUAGGUUGUUACAAUGGAGCAAUUGUAUUAAAGGGUUAGAGUCACG